GUCCGCCUUGCAGAGGCUCAACAGGAGAGGAGCCGAGCCGGGGGUGGGGGGGAAGGACUCAGGAUUCGCACCAGGCUCCCAGAGGGCCCGAUCGUGUCUCCGGAGCGGGAGAGAAGUGGGGAUGCCUCUCCAGCUGCCUCCUUCCCGGACCUGCUUGAGGGGGGAACCGAGUCCCUGCGCUGGGAUGACUCACUGGGGACUCUGGGCAGGUUGGGUGAAGCUUUUUCAGUGGCUAAUUCUUGGCAUAUAUUUUUCUUUCCAUCUCAGAUACAGAAACUCAAAGCCAUUGGAAAUCUUUGCAAGCCAAAAGUUUCUCUUGGGGAGGCAAAAAAGAGCGGAAUAACUUGCAGGGGUCCGUCCUGGGGCACCUGAAAUGGUCCCGUGAAGGAAAAGGCAUCUGGAGACCCACCAGAGUCCUUGGACCCAUCUGGAGUUGCUCUGCAGGACAGAGAAAGGAUGGAGACACAACCUUUUGUCAAGGAUGGAAGCGGAAAAGGCCCUUCAGCUGCUCAGCAUGGGAAGGUGGGGAAGCUCUGGACAAGGACUGGGCAGAAGAUCCAGGAGGAGGAAACCACCCUCCCUUCAGAAGUUCAGCUGCGGAAUUUCAUCCAACACUGGGAGGCUGAGGGUCCCCGAGGACUCUGCAGCCGACUCCAUGACUUUUGUAGGCGCUGGCUGAGACCAGAAAAGCACACCAAAGCCCAGAUGCUGGACCUGGUUGUUCUGGAGCAGCUCCUGUUCCUUCUGCCCCCAGAGAUGGAGAGCUGGGUGCGGGAGUGUGGAGCAGAGACCAGCUCUCAGGCGGUGGCCCUUGCAGAAGGCUUCCUCCUGAGCCAGGCGGAGGAGCAGAAGGAGCAGGUCCAGUUGCAGUGCUGCAAUGUGGAGAUCAGAUAUCCUGAGGGAAAGAAGAACCCACCAAAUCCCCCUCAGGAGCUAUUUUUAAGGGGGAUCCCCUGGGAAGAUCAAAGUCAAGACAUUUUAGGAGCGAAACAAAGAAUGAAGUUUUCUAGUUUUUACAAUGGAGCUCAAACAGCGAUUGAAUCUCCAAAUCAAGAGAAUCUUGUGUCCUUCAAGGAAGUGGCUGUGUAUUUCUCUGAGGAGGAAUGGUCUCAGCUGGAUCCUGACCAGAAAGCGCUGCAUUCGGAAGUCAUGCUUGAAAACCAUAGGAACGUGGUCUCUUUGGGUAAUAAUGGCCAGGAGAAUCAAGAUUCCUGUGAACUGUUCCAAGUGAUCAAUGCUAAAGAUGGACCAGAGAAAUUUGGAUUUCAAAUGGAAUUAGAAAGCCAUGACUGGAAGCAGUCAAAUAAUUGGUAUCAGGAAAGCUCAUCUUCCACUGAUGCUCUAAUGCAAGACUUUCUUGCCCAACAAGAGGAAAUAAGGACAGUCGAUCUUGGGAAAACUUUGGAGCUAAUCAAAGCUAAAUUACAUGUGAAUGAACAUUAUUUAAGCCAAAACAAAGAAGAAGUUGCUAUAAAAAGACACAACGGACAAAAUUAUAAUGGAACAUUCAUUCUUUCUCUUGGAAAUAACUUCCUUGCAUCUCAAAAAGUGAUUGACACAAAAGAGAAGCAUUAUAAAUGUUUGGAAUGUGGAAAAUGUUUUAGAAGAAAUCGGCAACUUACUUGCCAUAAAAGAAUUCAUACCGGGGAGAAGCCAUACAAAUGCAGAGUGUGUGGUAAACAGUUCAGAAGAUGUAGUAAUCUUAUUUCUCACAAAAUGAUCCACACAGGAGAGAAACCAUAUAAAUGCAUGGAGUGUGGGAAAACCUUUGCUUUGAGCGAUGGACUUAGAAAACACAAAAGGAUCCACACAGGGGAGAAACCAUAUAAAUGCAUGGAGUGUGGAAAGACCUUUGCUCUGAGCAGUAGACUGACCAUCCACAAAAUGAUCCACACAGGAGAGAAACCAUAUAAAUGCAUGGAGUGUGAAAAGACCUUUGCUUUGAGCAGUAGACUUACUAUCCACAAAAAGAUACACACAGGAGAGAAACCAUAUAAAUGCAUGGAGUGUGGAAAGACUUUUACUCAAAGAGGUCAUCUUAUUCGCCAUAAGAUGAUUCACUCAGGAGAGAAACCAUAUAAAUGUAUGGAAUGUGGGAAAACCUUUAGUUCUAGAAGGGGAAUUACCAUCCACAAAAAGAUGCACACAGGGGAAAAGCCAUUUAAAUGCAUGGAGUGUGGAAAGACUUUUGCUCAAAGAUGUCAUCUUAUUUCCCAUAAAAGUGUCCACUCAGGAGAGCAACCAUAUAAAUGUACGGAAUGUGGGAGAACCUUUAGUUCUAGAAGUGGACUUACCAUCCACAAAAAGAUCCACACAGGAGAUAAACCCUAUAAAUGCAUGGAAUCUGAAAAUACUUUUGCUCAGAAUAGGAAUCUUACUUCUCAUAAAAGGAUGCAUGCUCGGGAGAAACCUUAUAAAUGUUUGGAAUGUGGAAAAUGUUUUAGAACAAAUGGGCAACUUACUUGCCAUAAAAGAAUUCAUACUGGGGAGAAGCCAUACA